CUCGCCUAGCGCAGCGCGAGCAAACUCCGUCACCUUAAAUAGCGAAAUAGCUGCUGUGAGAGGACAAGAAAGGGGCUGCAAGCGGAAGAAACACCGGAUCUGUUCUGGGCUCUGGCUUAGCUUACACAACAUUAAGAAGCGUAACAUCAAAUUUCAGCUUUAAAAAAAUGUCCACACCAGCAAGGAGACGGCUUAUGAGGGAUUUUAAAAGGCUUCAAGAAGAUCCUCCUACUGGCGUAAGCGGUGCACCGUCAGAGAACAAUAUCAUGCUUUGGAACGCUGUUAUUUUUGGGCCUGUAGGCACACCAUUUGAAGAUGGAACAUUUAAGCUGCUGAUAGAGUUUUCAGAGGAAUACCCAAACAAGCCCCCCACAGUCCGCUUUGUCUCCAGAAUGUUUCAUCCAAAUGUUUAUGCAGAUGGCAGUAUAUGUUUAGACAUUCUUCAGAACCGCUGGAGCCCCACAUACGACGUCUCGUCCAUACUCACUUCCAUCCAGUCAUUGCUGGAUGAGCCCAACCCCAACAGCCCAGCCAACAGUCAGGCCGCACAGCUCUAUCAGGAAAACAAGAGGGAGUACGAGAAGAGGGUGACGGCCAUCGUGGAGCAGAGCUGGUCGGACGUCUGAAAGUUUGUACUCUCUGCUGUCCUCUUCAUCACGCUCUGCAUCAUCCCGUCUCUCACUUUAUCUCAAAGAAAAAAAAAUAAGCGACUAUAUCAAAAUUUUAAGUGCCACUCUGAAGCAAAAGAACAAAUGGACAUGACCUUGCUUGCCAAUGCAUUUUAGGAAACAGAGAUUAAAGAGUUGUGACUUAAUCUUAUAUUUUUUCUUAUUCUUUAAUUUUUUUUUUUAAUUGCAUGAUGUGAAAUAAGUUAUUGCUAACAAAGCGCUUGAGUUUUACAGAUUUCUUUUUUUUUUUUUUCUUAUUGAACGUUCUCUUUUUAAUCUCUUUAUCUGCACUUGGCUGUUAGGAAAUGACUCAGUAAUGACCAAAUUAGACUUUAAAAUGCUGAGAUCCCCCCAGAUAGACUUCACUAGACUGUAACUUUCAACUAAAGUCGGAGUUUUCCCUCUGGAGGGCGCAACAAGUCGGUUUAAAGAGUAGAAAAGACUGGAGUUUUGCUGUACUGGAUUAAGAGGUAAAAUCAGCUUUUUUAUUGAAUGCUACAGGAAGUGGACUCCAAACUUUGUUGCCUGCGAUGUCGGUUGACAGCCGGACCUGAUUAAAUCUUAAUGAACUUUUAUCUUAAAUGCUAAUAAUCAGGUUAAGGAGCACAGCAUUAAUGUUGCUGUAAAUGUGUAAAGGAUUUCAGGGCAAACUCGUUUGCAACAUUGUGGGGUUUUGUUUUUUUGAUUUGCCUUUCUCAGUCAUUUUUAAUGAAAUCAACCCAUGACUUAAUCCAACCGCACACAAGUUUAAUCUGCCAUUGUGAAACUGAUUCUGUCCUUGAUCAGUGAAAGCCACAUUGUGGUUUGUGAAUCACUUCACCCAACAAGCAGAAGGGAUGUUUUAACAUUUCGAGAAUAAACAAAUGUAUACAUAAUAUGCAGUAUAAACAUAAAUAAAACACAUUUUCCAGACUUUGA